AACAACAUAAUGUGUAGACGACAAACAAUUUCCCUGCAAUUUAGUGUUUAAAUCUACAUUAGACUUGACAGGCAAUCAGAGCGAGAAUAUUGCAACAGAAAAAUAAGCCAAGUGUGACGCCGGCGCAGCGUACAUUUGUACAGCGGGCACGCGCCAGGGUACACCUGUCUAGUCCGGUCACCACGAUGAAGAGGAUCAUCGCCAGAUUAAAAAAAAUAACAAAAGACCCACCACCGCCUUAUCAAGAAAAUGCAACAGAUCAAUUCGAAGAUGUACAAGGGACAUCGCAGUCACGUAUUACGGAUAACACACCAAUAUUCGAAGUGCUAGAUUUACUGGCGAAUUGCAAAAUAACUCCGAAAUCCGAUGAAAACUCGCAUUCAGACGUCGAUUACGUCGAAAUCGAAGACAUGGGUCUUUGGCAUUCCUCGCCUUUGCGGCAUCGACAUAAAUCUAAAAUCUCAUUAACAUGGGUACUGAAAGAUAACCUCGAAAACGUCAAAGUAAAACAAGACGAUAUAAUAAAAAACAAAUUGGGGUAUUUAAGCAAGAAUUGUAAUCAACUAAACGAAACUGAACGACUUGUUACGAAGUACAAAGGCCAAGUGAAUCGAGUUGUUGGUCGUAAUGAGAAUUAUCAUAAUUUGAAGUUUAGAAGCGCUUGUGAGGAGUUCAACGGUCAGGAAUCUUACUCGGACACUAGCGUUGGCACAGAAGAGUACGUACGGAGAAAACACAGACAUCGACACAGGAGAAAAAAGCGGCAAAACGGAAAAUUCGGAUACGACAUUAGAGAUUUGGAUAGCUUCUUGAGUGCAGCAUCUAUAGAUCACCCAGGAAACAUUCCGGUAGUGAUAGCGUUCCCGACCACGUUGUACCAGACGCAGAAGGACUGCCAGCAGGAGCUGACACUGCCGCUGGGCACCGUCGUUAACGCAGUGUUCAAGAACCAGCAGUGGGUGUACGCACAGACUCCACAUGGCCACGAGGGAUACGUACUGUAUACCGCUUGUUUACCGCUAGGAAUAUUACCGAACAGGACAUCAGUACAAAAAAAGACUCCGUGCUGGGAAAGCAGCACCGACAUCUAUCCGCGGCCGUGCGGCAACCUCACGGACACGGAGAAGGAACAACUGCGCGGGCGAACGCGUUCCGAAACACGCAGUCGCACACGCACAGAUAGAUCUCAAACUUGCGCCGAAAAAGACUUUGAUACGUUAUAUUUAAAAACUAAAUCUAUUUGUUCCAAUAUUGAUAAAAUUCAUGAUAAAGAAAAUGUACAAAUUAAAAGUGUUGUGAGACGUCAGACUUUGUUAGUUGUCAAUAGUGAUUACGGCGGGAACGUGUUGAACAAGACUUUAUCUGUGAAGAAGGGGGACGUUGUGAUGCUGGUGCCAGGUGUAGGUGAGAGCGACGUUGAUUCAGAGUGGUUUUAUGUUAAGAAAAAAGAUGGAAGUCAGGGUUUCAUACCUGCGGUUGUAGCUGGUCAUGGAUAUAUUUAAUAAAAUGUUUGUUACGAAAUAA